CUCCAAUCCUAGAGCAUUGACUACUAUAGACUAGAGAAGUGGAGCAAAAUAUGUCAAAGCAAUGUUUUCUUUUAUUUUGGUGUAUAUUACUUUACUCUUCUUUAUUGACAGCUGAAAAAACUAAAAGUCUCUAUUUUGGAUACAUAACUACACUGUCUGGCCCUUUAGUCCUAAGUGGUGCAAUACCAGUAGUUGAUCUUGCACUGGAGCUCAUUAAUGAAAGAGACGAUGUUCUACAGAACUAUACUCUGAACUACACACAUAUUUUGGAUUCAAAGUGCGAUCGUACUACAUCACUUGAUAAUUUUUUUCAAUUGAUAAACAAUGACACUACUUAUGUGUCAUUGAUUGGAUGUGGAUGUUCUCCUGCUACUAUACCAGUAGCAGAAAUAAGUCACUAUUGGAAUAUACCACACUUGGCUUAUGCAGCUGGUGCUGAUAUCCUGAAUGAUCGAAGUCGAUUCAAAAACUUUUUCAGAACAAUUUUAUCUUUUCGAUAUUCUGGGGCAUCCCUGGGUCAGUUAAUGAGAGAAUUUGGAUGGAGACAGAUGGCUGUAAUAACACAGGAUGAGAUUUUGUUCAGACAA